UUAGUUCCAAUGUAGUAAUAUUCCCUGCUAUAUCAUUUUGGUCAGAGAAGCAGCGAGUUCGAAAUGCUGUCUUUGCCAUCGCUGCAGUGGUCAUUGUGGUGGGCAUCCCACUAUGGUGGAAGACCACAGAGACCUACCGCGCCUGGCUCCCUUACUCCGAGAUCAGCGAACUCGACUCCCUCCAGCUCCAGCUAAGCGUUGAUAUCGAGGUGGUCUUCUCUCGAGGAACACUAACCCCAGAACAGCAGAAAAAGGUUCCACUUAGUCAUGUCAAUGAAAAGGAGCACCAAGUUGAUGCUAAAACAGGUUUGAGGUACAAAUAUGAAACCAGAUAUCGCACUGCCACUAUAAUGGAGGAAGAUGCCUUGAAUCAGCCCACUGCUGCAGGUUGAGAGGAUUUCUUGUUGCUAAUUAUUUC